AUGAUUUCUUUAUGUUAUCUGUUUUGGUGACGGUAAUGAGGAAUUCCUCAACUGACCGAAACUGAAUCGGGUAAUAUCAGAGGACAGCAUACUGUGUCGCGGCGGUUGGCUCGUCCCCUCGGCUAUCAACGUUGGCCAUGAAAGCAAGAAGUUUGCUGCUACGGAGGAUGGCGACCCCAACCUGCUGCUAAUCAUCUUCUUCGGCUUGUCGAGUGUGUCUCUCUCUCUCCCUCUCUCCCUCUCUCCCUUCAUCUAUUCUGAUUUUGCAGUCUUUUCCUCUAGCUUCGUGGGCUCUCAUUCACCUCAAUUGCUCCCAAAUGUUUCGUGAAAUUCGUCUUCUCCUCCAACUGUAGUCCGUCGGUGUCUCCGUAUCCGGGUUCUUUCCGCCAUUUCCGAGCAUAAUUUCGCGACAAUCUUAAUUUAUUAUCUCGUUCAGGCUUUUUGACGUCGUCCCUCUGAAAGUCUCCGUUUUUCAAUUGCGCAUAUACAGUGCAGCAGCAGACUGACGUAAUCAUCCCGAAACGUAAUGGGUGAAAUCUUUUGAUUUCGAUGGCUAGGGAUAAUUCAUUUCGCCGGUCUGCUCAAUGAUCUCUAUGUAUUCUAUUGUCCUGUCGGGCUCUGCAAAUUUGGCAUCACGUGUGAAGUCCUUCGUAUUCGAACAGAGCACUGUUUGAAGAACAUGUUGGAUUAAAGAUUGCUGCUUUCUCCUGGAUACUUUCACGCCACCUUAGCAAUGAAACUGUUUGAUUCGCAUUGCCACUUGCAAGACCCGAGGAUACUCGCGAGGGCACCCCGACUAAUUGAACUGGCGAGCAAUCACGGCGUAGUUCGGUUUGCUGUUAAUGGGGUCCACGAGAAAGACUGGUACUUGGUAAAGCAGAUGAGUGAGGACUUCCCCUGUACUGUCCCGAACUUCGGACUCCAUCCUUGGUAUGUCUUGGACAGGAGCCCUGACUGGUUCAAGACAUUGAAACAGCUUUUCGAGGUUACUCCCACAGCCGCGGUGGGAGAAAUCGGGCUUGAUAAGGGCUCUCAUGGGAAAAAGAUCGAUUUCGACGAUCAGGUUCAAGUGUUCGAGCGACAGCUGGAGCUUGCGAAGGAGCUGAAUCGACCGGCUUCAGUCCAUUGCGUCCGUGCUUUCGCGGAUGUCCUUGGCAUUAUGAAAAGCGUCGGGCCCUUUCCUUGCGGCGUAGUGCUCCACUCCUACUUGGGCUCGGCAGAGAUGGUCCCUCAGUUUGCGGAGCUGGGGGCUUACUUCUCAUUCUCGGGGUUUCUCAUGUCAAUGAAGGAAUCGAAAGCAAAGAGGAUGCUGAAGGCAGUCCCGCCAGAGAGAAUUCUUCUGGAAUCAGAUGCACCUGAUGCACUGCCCAAGUCAGAGCUAGAACCUCUGAUUCCACUGGAUAGUGACUCUGGGUCCCGUGAAGAAAGUUCGUCUUCGGACAUCUCAGGGACUGAAUCGCUCAAUCAUCCUGCCAAUGUCCGACCCGUGCUUAGUUACGUUGCGCGGUUACUUGAAAUGUCCACGGAAGAACUUGCAGAUCGAAGUUAUGAGAAUGCAAUGCGGGUUUUUUCCUUUUAAGGUGCUGUAACCCUUGGAUUAAUCGCAUGAAGCCGGCAAGACAUGCGAUCAGUCAUCGGAGCUUCUCCAGCCUUUGAUCUCACUGGUGCCAAGGUCACAUGUCCUUUCUGCAGAUGUAAAUUCUAUAUAGACAGUGGUUCUGUAGUCUUAUCAUCGAACAUAUCGACCAGAGCAAUGCAUGCUUCAAAACUGAUAUUUGUGCAUUC